GGCCGCUUCCACUCUGGUCUUACUGCUGACUAAACUUUAAAAUUUCAUCCGAGAGUUCUAAGUCCGGUUGGGAAGGUGAACUGCAAUUUUGAAAAGUGAACAUUGGGAAAUCGCUUGUCAGUGUUCACUUUUAUUAAGUCACUGAAGUCAUGCGAUGUAGUCUUUUAAGAAGAGCGCGCCAGGCGAAUAGCUCUAAUUCCGAAGAAGACAAUAAAAAUUACAGAAUUCUUCAAGAUUUAAAUAAACACCAUUGGCUUCUAAAAAAGCUUAAGUGGGAGAUUAAGACGACCAAAAGAAAUCAUAAGGACUUCAUGGAGCCCCGACCACGUACCAUAGCUGGUCUUAUGCGGAUAAAUGAAGUUGAUGUCGCGAUUAUUAACGAAGAAACUUCUAACGCUGAAGCUGCGGCCCCACCACAAUCGCUGCCUGUCUCGCUGCCUGUAAAUCUAUACAACCGAGUUAACGGUACUGGUUUGCGCGUGAGACCUAUCAGUAGCCUAGCAAGUGUUCGCAACGUUAGUGAUAAUAUGGCCCCUGAUCCGAAAGACGUAGAGGUCGCUUAUAACGAAAUAACUAAAGAAUUUAAUAGGAGCUUACGAGUAUCCGAACCGAUUGUCCAAUCCGGACCCUAUGAUAUUAUGGAGAUACCUGUAGGUGAAGAUCCAAAUAAUAAUUCUGAACAGUCGCGAAUGGAUGAUACUAAUGCCGAAAGGGCAACGUGUAUUAAACACCGUUUGCCUUUGGCAGCACCACCGGAGCGUACAAAAUACGCUUAUUCAUGUCAUAAUUCUGCCAGCACUAGUGAUACUGCUAUCGACUUCCAUAAUAAACGAAAUGGUACUAACAUGGAAGUUCAAACUGACGAUGUUAUAAUAAUAAAUGAAAGUUAUAAAAAGUUAAUUGAUUAUAUAACAUCGAAAAAUAUUACCUUGGAGCAGUUGCAGACCGCCUUUGCGGAAAUGGAAAGGAACAAUGAGGCAACUAACGCAGAAGCUACUCCAAAUAUUGAUAUGAAAGGAAUGAUGCGGGAACAAUUUAUGCAGGUUGUUGAGGCAUGUAGCCUAUAUAAUAAAGAGAUAAUUGCCUAUAAUACUAAAGUUGUUCUAAACGUGUCUCAAUCCGCACUCAAAGCUGAACGAUCCAAAAUAGCGUAUUUGAGAUGCAUGUUUGAGAAAAUAUUUGGUUCAGUGUUCCAAGACUUGUCUAGAUCACUGAAAUUAGACGAAAAUAGUCUUACUCCAGAAGUAUCAGAAACCAGCCCCAGGAAUGUUAAUGUUCGCAAACGCAGAAGUUCUGUGCCUGCCGUUCCUCUACACGAUGACACGGAUAGCGGGGAUAUGGCAAAUGCAACAGAUUCUCAAAGUGGUCCGGUGGUGAAGAAGCCAACAUUACGUGCACAACGCAUAAGUCCGAGAGCAUCAUCCGCGACCCUGGUAACUUACAACAACGAACCCCAUUAUACACAAACAACUAAAGUCGUACAGUUGGAGACAAGCUACUCCAAUUCACACCCUUCACAGCAUAUGGAGUACAUAAACCAUCAAAAUCCGUGCCCUCAACCAUAUCACGUGCAAGGUGAAAUUCCAGUGGAAACUCCAAUGCCAUAUUACAACGCAGGUGCAAGAAUGAUGAUGCAACCGUAUCCGCAGGUGCAGUUCAUGCGUGAACCACCGCUCCAUUGCCAAUAUCAUGAUAAUGUAGGAAAUUCUUGGAACUACCCCCGUAACGGUCCAGAAGUUAGACAGAAUGUUCAAGUUCCUUAUGUAAAUGGCGUGCCGCUGUCCGUUCAGGUUAUGCCUCCAGCUGACCAACAGAGAUACCUCCGCAUGCAGGUACAAAGGAAUAAUAUGCGCAUGCCUAACUACACGGGCCCUCGGAAUCAAAAUGUUGGGCCAAACAGCCACAACAUUAUGUAAACUAGCAGUUAGUUUUCGUCUUCUAACAUUAGAGUGUAGCUGAUAAGCGCGGGACUUCAGUGUGAUAUUGAGUAGAUUUAUCUAGAAACUUCGAACAUCGAAGUGUUUCUCAGAUAAUAGUAUGCUUUGUAGUGCAUCAUAUGGAAAUAAUUCAAUUUAGGAAAUAUAAUUAUUCUGGUAAACAAAGGGGCUUUUGAGUAUUUGUUUCUGUUGGCGCCCAGCGUGGGACGAAUAGGGACCGAGGUGUCCGGUCAAAUAAUAUAUAUAUAAUAUGAUGACUCGGAAGCAAGACCAUCACAUGAUAAUCGGCAUUUAUGGGUGAUACCCGCGUGAGAUCAACUUUUCUGAAAUCUACACGAUACAGAAAUACAGACGCGGCAUACUCGUAA